AUGUUCUCCAGCAACGACAAACAAUCGCGCCAAUCGAGCGGCGGCAAGUCCUUCUUCUCCCGCAGCAGCAAAAAGGACAAAGCGAACAAUGACGUGCCGCCCUUACCGGAAACGCCUUCAUUGCACGCAGAAAAUGGCAACUACGCCGCCAGCACCCUCUCCCGCCACUCGCACCGAAGUAGUAUCUCCACCGUCGACCCGAACUACGACGAGUAUAACACCAUGAAUGGAGGGUACGUGCAGAGAGCGGGCCAGGAUGGUAUCAAUAUGCAAGCCGGCAUUGUCACCAGUAUACCAUACGAUAGCAUUACCGCGAAUACGAAGGCGCCUAUCCGAGUCGAUCACGUGGAUAAGCCGAGCUCGAGACGGGAACCGCUACCGCAUCAUUUGAAUAAAGGUGGUGGUGAUUUUCAUCAAUAUCCUGCUUGGGAUGGUCAAUCGGCGAAUGGAUCACAGGCUCCGCCUCGACCGCCUACACAUGGUAGUGGGGUUGCAAAUGGAGGCAGGGGUGGGACGGGAAGAAGCUUUGAGAGCGAUGCGACGACUUUGAAUGGGUUUUAUGCGCCUAGUCGGGGGAGUAGCGAGCAUGAUGGUGGGAGUAUCCGCAGCACAUCUUCGAAUGAUAGGAGGCGGCCCACGAAUGCGAGCCAGGCGAGUUUUCCGAGUAUGCAGCUGGAGAACAGCGUAUCGCAUUUACCUCAACUAGCUCCGUCGGCGACGAAGGGGAGCCUGCAUACUUUUCUAAAUGCGAAUAAUCCUUCCGCCUUCUCAAGCACGACGUCUUUCGAUCCCAACGGCUCGGCUUUACAUCGUCCAACGGAUGAUAGGAUUAUCGAGAAGGAGUUUCUGGAACUGAUGCUGAAGCGAGGAUGGAAAUCUUUGCCUGAGCAGGCGAGACGGCAGAUGGAGGCUUAUCCUAUCAGCAAGAAAUGGACACUCGUGCAUCAGGAUCGAUUGUCAGAAUGGCAGGGUGAGCAGAAGAAGCGCCAGAAUACUAGGACGACUAUGUCCAGUAUGACGGAUGGAUUGGGUGGAUACGCAGGUAUCGUCGAUAGAGCUGGCGAGGAAGGGAGUCCGGAGUGGUUCGUCAAAAGAGUUCUGGACAAUACUAUCACGCCCAAGCAACUCCAGAGUCUGGGCGUGAGUCUGCGCACACAGCCUAUUGCGUGGGUGAAGCAGUUUGUAGAGGCACAGGGACAAGUCGCAUUGACGAAUACUCUCGCCAAAAUCAACAAGCGCCAGCAGUCUGGUCCUGCAGCUCCAGUAGGAGGUCAGGGCAGCAAUGAACGAGAUCUGGAUCGCGAGUACGAUAUCGUCAAAUGCUUGAAGGCUUUGAUGAACAACAAGUAUGGUGCCGAUGAUGCUCUGGUGCAUGAUACUGUGAUUAUGGCGCUCUGUGGUUCACUCGUCUCUCCACGUCUGAACACGCGAAAGCUGGUCUCCGAGCUCUUGACCUUCUUGUGCCACUGGGCUGAGGGACGAGGACAUCUCAAGGUCAUUGAAGCAUUGGACCAUUUGAAAGCGCAGCAGGGUGAGAAUGGACGCUUCGAUGCUUGGAUGAGGAUAGUAGAAGUCACGAUCGAUGGGCGAGGGAAGAUGGGAUCGCUGGUUGGUGCGUCGGACGAAGUUAGGUCGGGAGGUAUUGGCAUGGAGAAUCUGUUGAUGGAGUAUGCCGUCACCUCUCUGUUCUUGGUGAACAGUAUGGUCGACGCUCCUGAAAGAGACCUGAAGCUCCGAUGUCAUAUCCGGGCCCAGUUCGUGGCGUGCGGAUUGAAGAGGAUCUUGACCAAAAUGGAGGGCUUCCAGUACGAGGUUAUCGACAAGCAGAUUGAGCGAUAUCGGACUAAUGAGGCUAUCGAUUACGAGGAUCUCCUGGAGCACGAGUCGAGCAGUAUGAAUGACUCCAUGGAUGGCGAGAGCAAAGAUCUGAACGACCCUGUACAAGUCGUUGAAGCCAUACAGCAGAAACUCGGUGGUUCGCGAGCAGCGGACUAUUUCCUCAGUUCGCUCCAGCAUCUUCUGCUCAUGCGGGACAAUGAAGGAGACGAUCGCCUCAGGACCUUUCAGCUGGUCGAGAGUAUGCUUUCCUACGUCGCCAUGGAUCGAAGACUACCGGAUAUGGAUCUCAAGCAGAGUCUCAAUUUCACGGUGCAGAAUCUUAUGGACAAGCUGUAUACAGACGGUGAAGCACGACAAGCACGAGAAGAGGCUAAUGAGGCUCGUCUUGUUGCUGAUGCAGCAGUGGCGGAGCGCGAUGAUAUGAGAGCGAAGGUCGAGCUUGGCGCUGAAGGUCUGGUGGCAAAGCUGCAGAGGCAACUGGACGAGCAAGCUGCGAUCAUCGAUCUGCAGAAUCGACAAACGGAGGCCUUCAAGGCUGAGCUGGCUGAGAUCCAGAGAGUGCGUGCUCAGGAACUUCAGCGCAAUGAGUUGGAGACCAGGGAGCUGUAUCUCAUGCUCCGCGAUGCCCAAGAUAUUGCCGCCUCUUCUGCCAAGAAUUCUGGCAAGAACGGUGUCCAGGGUACUGACAACCCAGCGCAUCUACAAGGCAUUUUGGAUCGAGAGAGGCUUAUGGAUCGUCUUGAGAUGCAGCUUGAGCGGGCUAAGACACAGGCGAAGCUGGAGGGUAAGGUGUGGCAGCAAGUUCAGGCCGGGCCUUCGGACAAGCUCAGAGAGCUCAGGGAGAAGAUGGAGGGCGCGGGUCUACAGCCUGAAGGUUUGGAGGCGCAGAUGGAGUAUCUUGGUACUAUGAACCCACGAGGCAAGAGUGGUGGGGUGAGGAGAAAGCCUGUGGCCGGUACUAGGGGUGGAUUUGAAGACGAGAGCCAUGUACGAGCGGACACACCAGAUAGUGUUGACAUGCUGGGUGAUGAGGAUGCUGUGAUCGUCGAUGAGAAGCCUCGGCUUGUGGAUAUGAAGAGGCCGAAGGUUCCAUCGGGAAUUGCCGCUCAGCAGCAGGGUAUGCUCGCUGAAUUGCAGAGGAAACGAGGAAAGAUCAAUAUUGGUGAAAGCGAUGAUGAAGGCGAUGGGAUUACGACAGGGACUAGUCAUCGCAGCCUCGAGAGUCAGAGUCCCAAGACGCCUGUCGAUGCUGAAGCGCCGAAGGAUGGCAAAUUCAACGGUGCGCCCGCUCCUCCGCCGCCACCUAUGCCGGGUUUCGAUGGCGGACCACCGCCUCCGCCACCACCAAUGCCCGGCUUUUCUGGAGGUCCUCCACCGCCUCCACCGCCUAUGCCCGGAUUUGCUGGUGGGCCACCACCUCCACCGCCACCUAUGCCGGGCUUCUCUGGUGGCCCCCCACCUCCUCCGCCACCGCCUCCUGGUAUGGCCAAUGGUGGGCCGCCACCACCACCUGUGCCAGGUGCGCCUCCUUUGCCUGGUGCACUCAAGGGUGGCUUCUUACCACAGCAAGGUUACAAUGUUGCAACGCCGACUCUUGGCUACGGCACACGAUCCAAGAAGAAGCUCAAGGCACUGCACUGGGAGAAGGUUGACUCACCAGAGAUCACCAUGUGGGGCAUGAACACCCCUACCAUUGAGCAAAAAGAGGAGAAGUACCAAGAGCUGUCCAAAAAGGGUAUCCUGGACGAGAUCGAAAAGCUCUUCAUGGCCAAGGAGAUCAAACAGAUCGGCAAGUCUACCGGCAAGGCCAAGAGCGACAAGAAGCAGCUCAUCUCUCGCGACCUCUCCCACACUAUGCAAAUCGCCUUUAACAAGUUCAAAAACUCACCCACAGAAGACGUCGUCCGCAUGAUCAUCCACUGCGACAAAGAAAUUCUUGAUGACGAGCAAGCCAUGAAUUUCUUGCAGGCGGAACAUAUGUGCUCCAUUCCCGACAACGUGGCCAAACUCAUGGGUCCUUACUCCAGGGACUGGACGGGUCCGGAUGCGCUUAAGACGCCCCGGGAGCAGGAUCCAGUCGAGCUGACGAGGGAGGAUCAGCUGUAUCUGUACACGGCGUAUGAGUUGCAUCAUUAUUGGAAGGCGCGGAUGAGGGCACUUGCGCUCACGAGGAGUUUUGAGACGGAUUACGAUGAGGUUUCUACGAAGCUGAAGCAGGUCGUGGCCGUGUCUGAGAGUCUGCGAGAUUCGGUGAAGCUUGUUCCUGUCCUGGAACUGAUUCUGGACGUGGGCAACUACAUGAACGACACGAACAAGCAGGCGCAGGGUUUCAAGCUUUCGUCCCUGGCGAGAUUAGGAAUGGUCAAGGAUUCUUCGAACGAGUCCACGCUUAUGGAUCUGAUUGAGCGUGUGGUUCGCACACAGUAUCCGGCCUACGAAGGUUUCACGGAUGAUAUCGCUGGCGUCCUGACCGCACAGAAACUGAAUAUCGAACAGCUUCAGGGUGAUGCGAAGAAGUACAUCGACAACAUCACGAACGUGCAACAGAGUCUGGACGCAGGCAACUUGGCGGAUCCGAGUCGUUUCCAUCCAGAGGAUAGGGUGAGCCAGGUGGUGCAGAGGACUAUGAAGGAGGCGAGACGGAAGGCCGAGCAGAUGGGCUUGUAUCUGAGCGAGAUGAACAGGGUAUACGAUGAUAUUUUGACUUUCUUUGGAGAUGAUUCUCGGGAUGAGACGGCGAGGAGAGAAUUCUUUGGAAAGCUGGCGAAUUUCGUGAGGGAGUAUAAGAAAUCCCAUGAGAAGAACCUGGUGCUCGAGGAGACUUGGCGGAGAAAUGAGGCGAAUAUGCGCCGAAAGCAGAUUAAUGCUCAGCAAGCCAAUGCCAGCGCUAUCUUGGCUUCGAGUGGUGAGAAUCCUCCUUCGCCCGCGUCGACUGGAGCCAUGGAUGCGCUGCUCGAGAAGCUGCGACAAGCUGCGCCGCAGCAGAAAGCUACCAGGGAUCAGAGACGGAGAGCUAGGCUGAAGGAUCGCCAUAACGUUCGUGUCGCCUCUGGUCAGCAGAUUCCCGAGACAGGCGAGAAUCUGGAGGAUGGAGGGCUGCUCUCGCCUACCAAGACAGACGGAAGCGAGGAGAACGGCAGUGUUGAAGGUGCUGGUGCAGUGUCAGAGGCCGAGGAUGUUGCUGAUCGCGCAGCGACGUUGAUGCAGAGUCUUCGUGGCGAUGGCGGAGAGGGUGGACCUCUUAGCGAAGCUCCCUCGAGAGACGAAAGCCUUCGCGUGCGGAGAAGAAGAGAAAGUGCAGAUGAUGAGAGGGCGCGAAGGAGAGCUAGACGACGAGCGGCGGGAACGAGCACGGAUACUAAUGCUCAGAGUACCAUUACUGAGGAGGCCGAAACGGAGACGAGUACGCCUGCCGGCGAGCUCGCCACUGCUCAAGAGAACGAGAGCAAACGCGAAAGUGUUGAACGAGCUCUGCCUUCGCCGCCAAUACCUGAGACGAUCGUUGUGCCCCCAUCACCCACAGGCGAGGAGAGGAAGCCUGGUGGUGCUCUUGGUUUGGGCGAGGAGUAA